AUGACCGUGGGACCUUUCUCUCAGGAUGAGCUCGACGAGAUAUACGCCUUUGCCAUAGACCUCAGCCGCAAGGCUGGCGAUCUGCUCAUGUCGCGUGUAGAGCAGCGCAUGGAUGGCGGCGAAGGCAAUUCGCAGAACUUCGAAGAGAAGGAAAACGCCGUGGAUAUUGUCACCCAGACAGAUGAAGACGUGGAGGUAUUCAUUCGCAGCGCUUUGCAGGAAAGAUACCCAUCGCACAAAUUCCUCGGCGAGGAAACAUAUGCCAAGGGCGAUUCGCGCGACUACUUGAUUGAUGAACAGCCAACAUGGUGUAUCGACCCAUUAGACGGAACGGUCAACUACACACACCUCUUCCCAAUGUUCUGUAUCUCAAUCGGAUUCAUAGUCCAACACAAGCCCGUCAUCGGAGUAAUCUACGCCCCCUUCACAGACCAACUAUUCUCCUCGUGCAUCAACCGCGGCGCCUGGCUAAACGAGAAGCGCCGCCUCCCACUCAUCCAGAAACCCUCCAUCCCGCCCAUGCCACCAAAUGCCCCAUCCCAAUGCGUCUUCUCCUGCGAAUGGGGCAAAGACCGCCGCGAUAUCCCGGACGGUAACAUGCUUCGCAAGAUCGAGAGUUUUGUGAAUAUGGCUGCGGAGCGCAGCGGGCGUGGCGGUAAGGGUGGUAUGGUGCAUGGAAUGAGGAGUUUGGGCAGUGCCACGCUUGAUCUUGCGUAUGUUGCGAUGGGAUCUUUUGAUAUUUGGUGGGAAGGGGGUUGUUGGGAAUGGGAUGUCGCCGCUGGUAUUGCUAUCCUUCUUGAAGCGGGCGGGUUGGUGACUACUGCGAAUCCCCCAGAGAACCCAGAUACAGACCCAAUUCAAGAUGUGCGGCUGGGAAGCCGGUUGUAUUUAGCCAUUAGACCUGCUGGCCCUUCGGCUACCGAGACAGGCCGAGAGUCUCAAGAGCGUACCGUGCGAGAAGUCUGGCGACGUGUUCGCAACUUGGAAUAUACCCGACCUGGUGCCUAG